GUUUUCCCUCCCUCUCUCCUGUCUAUGGACCAGGAGCUGCCUGCUUUCCCUUCCUCCUUCCCAGCGCGCCGUCUUUCCCUAUCUUCCCCCUCAUUGAAUCCCUUCCUCCGCCCCUCCCCCUUUCCGACCAGGUGUUUACCGCCCGAUUCAACCCACUGACUCCAACUCCCCUCACAUCACAUCCACCAUGGCCAGCCCGAUAGCGCCCCCCGAAGACCAGAGCCGUCUCCUCGAGGAGGCAUUGGGCGUCGUGCGCCAGCAGUCGCAGAUGAUGCGAAAAUGUCUCGAGACCCCCGGAAAAUUAAUGGAUGCGUUGAAAUGCGGAUCUACCUUGGUCUCCGAGCUCCGAACCCCCAGCCUUGGCCCGAAGCAAUACUACGAACUGUACAUGGCCGUCUUCGACGCCCUGCGACACCUCUCCGUGUACUUGAAAGAGAACCACCCCGUUAACCACCUGGCGGAUCUGUACGAACUCGUUCAAUAUGCCGGAAACAUCAUCCCGCGACUCUACCUCAUGAUCACAGUGGGCACGGUCUACAUGUCCGUCGAGGAUGCCCCGGUGAAGGAGAUCAUGAAGGACAUGAUGGAAAUGAGUCGCGGCGUGCAACAUCCCAUCCGUGGCCUGUUCCUGCGCUAUUAUCUCUCCGGGCAGGCGAGGGAUCACCUUCCCACGGGCUCCGGAGAUGGCCCGGAGGGCAACAUGCAGGAUUCGAUCAACUUCGUCUUGACUAACUUCGUCGAGAUGAACAAGCUGUGGGUCAGGCUGCAGCACCAGGGUCCUUCUCGCGAGCGGGAGAAGCGUAUGCAGGAACGUCGGGAGCUCGAAUUGCUGGUUGGUAGCAAUGUUGUGCGACUCAGCCAGUUGGUCGACCUCGAGGGCUACAAGUCUGGUAUUCUGCAGGCGCUGCUGGAGCAGGUCGUCCAGUGCCGGGAUGUGUUGGCGCAGGAGUAUUUGCUUGAAGUCAUCACCAAGGUGUUCCCUGAUGAAUUCCACCUCUACACGCUUGAUCUCUUGCUGUCAGCAAUUUCUCGACUCAACCCGCAUGUGGACCUGAAGAAGAUCGUAAUUGGGUUGAUGGACCGCCUGUCGGCCUACGCCGCCCGUGAGACUGAAUCGUCCCUCGACUCCGAUGCAAGGAAGCAGAAGGAAGAGGAAGCUGUCACGAAGCUCCUCGAGAAACUUAACGUGUCCGAGGAGACAAAGAAAGAGGAACUCGCUGGAGACGCAACUGAGGAGAAUGGCGUUGAACAGGCCUCGAAGGAGUCGACGGAAACCACGAACACCACAGAAGGCGAACCCAAGGCCAACGGCGAUGGCGACGAGAAGGCUGGCAUCCCGGUCGAUGUCAAGCUGUACGACAUCUUUUACGAGCAAGUGGUCAACCUGAUCAAGACCCGCGGCCUCCCCAUCCAAGAUACCAUGGCACUGCUGGUUUCGCUCGUCAACCUGGCGCUCAACACCUACCCAGAGCGCCUGGAAUUCGUCGACCAGAUCCUCGACUUUGCGACCCGAGAGACUGCCGCGUAUGCUGACCAUGCCGACUUGCACUCCGCCCCGACACAGCAAAACCUCUUGCAUCUCCUCACCGCACCCCUUCGUUCUUACGCCUCCAUCUUUACGGGCCUGGCCUUGCCUCACUACAUUCCGCUCCUGACCUCUCAAUCUUACCCUACGCGGCGAUCUGUCGCCGGCGAAAUCGCCCGCAAUCUUCUCAAGAACGGCACUCUGAUCACCACACCCGACAAUCUUGACCGUGUUCUACAAGCCUUGAGGGUCCUUAUCAAGGAGGGCACUCAACAGUCUAUGGGUUACCCUGGGCUGCAGUCUCAACGACGGGGUGAAACGGAUGAGACCAUCGAGGAGCAAGGAUGGCUAGCAAGGAUAAUUCAUCUGAUCCGGGCGCCAGAGAACGACACCCAGCUGAAGCUCCUACAAGCAACCCGGAAGGCCUACCUCGAUGGUAACGAGCGGAUCAGAUACACCACGCCCGCCCUCAUCACCGUUUCGAUACGCCUGGCGCGUAAACUCAAGUCCCGCGAGCACUACGAUGACAACUGGCAAUCGCAAUCCUCGGCGCUUUACCGGUUCAUGCACCAGUGUGUCAACAACCUCUACCAGCGCGUGAACCCUGGCUGCGCCGACCUGGCCCUGCGUCUCUUCGUGAUGUGCGGAGAAGUGGCCGACCAGACGGGUUUCGAAGAGUUCAGCUACGAGUUUUUCGCACAGGCCUUCACCAUCUACGAGGACUCCAUCAGCGAUUCCCGUGCUCAGUUCCAGGCCGUCUGCGUCAUUGCCGGAGCGCUGCACGGAACCCGCGGGUUCUCCAAGGAGAACUACGACACGCUGAUUACCAAGGCAGCCCUUCACGGAAGCAAGCUGCUCAAGAAGCCCGAUCAAUGUCGGGCCGUCUACCUGGCCAGCCAUCUCUGGUGGGUCGUCGAGAACCCUCAACGAGGGGACGAGGAUCCCAAGAACCUCUACCGCGACGGCAAACGCGUCCUGGAAUGCCUCCAACGUGCCCUCCGAGUCGCAGACGCCUGCAUGGACACCGCCGUCUCCGUGGAACUCUUCGUCGAGAUCCUUAACCGCUACGUAUACUACUUCGAUCAACAGAACGAAACCGUCACUACCAAGUAUCUCAACGGCCUCAUCGAGCUCAUCCACUCCAACCUGCAGACGGACGAAAACGAGCCCAACGCCAGUCUGGAGGGCCCGAGGCGUCACUUCCAGCGCACACUGGAUUACAUCCGAACCCGAGACUUCGAAGGCAUAGUCAUCGACGCAAGACAGUGA